AUGGCUCUAUGGACAGAUCCCUCUCGUCAGUGUCUCAUCAAUUGCAUCCGAAAUCGUCCGGUCAUUUGGGACAAGAACUAUACGGGCGAGAGCAAUUACCGUAGUAUAAAAGUACUGUAAAACUACAGCCACCCCUUCGCCAGUCUCUAACUACUCUUUUCCAGAACAAUUCGUUUCGUGAGGUGACGGAUGAGAUGAACAGUUUGUUCCAAAUGUCGGUCAAGUUCACCGUCGAAGACGUCCGAUCGCAGUGGAAGAAUCUGAAGGACACGUUUGUGCGCAAACUUCGAUGGGUCCACGAGGGCAAGUACGUGGAGGACGCGUCGAAGGAGCCGACGUGGAAGUUCUACCGUAUGCUCACAUUUCUGGAUGACAAGGAGGAAAAGCAGUUGGCCGACGACGUGGAGCACACGUACGAGUUGGCUCAGACCGCUCAGAACAACAUUCAAAAGUGAGUGGCCUGAAAACCUUGAUGGCCUAGCAUUCAAUGAAUUUCCUCUUCCAGUUGUCAUCUGAAACAAGACCGUCAGCAGUCGUCGAUGAUGACGGCCACGUCAUCAAUGAUGCCGAUGGGGUACGAGCCGGCGUCCAGUGAGGAGCAAAUGCUGCAAAUGUUCAACGCGCCGCCGGUGCUCGCACAGCAACAACAACAACAACAACAACAACAGGCGCCUUCGCAGCUCCUCGAGCAGCGGAUGGCCACGUGUUCGGCCGAGAUGGGCAAGACUGAGUACAGCCCGCGCAGUCAGAACGGAUCCAGCAGUGGAGUCGAGGAGGAGGAGGAGGACGAGCAGCCCGAGAGGAAGAAGGUGACCUGAAAACGCUCAUCGCGGGCCUGAAAUAAAACCUAAUGGGGCUAUUCAGCGUAUGUUUGUUUUCCGUUUCUUUUUUUCGUUUUUUUACACCGCUGAAUUGGGUUUUUUGACGUAAAAAAACGAAAAAAAAACGGAAAAAAUCAUUUAUUUUUCACAGCCUGAAUAACCCCAUAAAUACUUGCCUGAACUGAUUUUCUAUCCUAAAAUUAUCUAUUUUGCCCCCACUUUCCAAGAUAUCACUUCAAAGCCACAGGUGCUGGCCUAAAAAACGCGUGUUCUUCCAGCCGUACCGCCGUCAACCGACGUCGAUUCAACCGAUGCACGUCAUCCAAACGCCGCCGAUGGGCCAGGACGAGUUCGAUCAUUUCGGGGCUCUGGUAGCCUCGAACCUGCGGAGGUAAGCGGCCCGUGUGCCCGAAAAUCGAUAAUUAUAAUUGGGGGCGCACUACAGGUUGUGCGCGGACCAGGGCCGACUGACGGCGAUUCGAGUGCAACGACGCGUCUACGAUGCACUCUUUCUCGAGGAAUAG